AUGAGAUGCAACGUGACAGAGAACAACAUGUUUCGUUAUGAAGGUUACAUACGAAAUCGGACCCCUGUCGAGGUUGCUAUCAUGGUUCACCCUGAAGGGGAACAUCGAAGCAAAUGGGACAGUCAAUCUGGUGGUACACCUUUGAUAGCGCGCAUCAGAGAGGACACCUGUAUCAUAAGGCAUGACUCUAAAGCGCGGCUCAUGGGUUUGGUAGCGGCCAGAGAAGCAGUAGAUCUGUGCAGAUUUGCCACGGAUCCUAAUGACGGUACUCGUUCCGUGGUCAUGGUCAGCGUUAUGCAUCCUUCAGCACCACUGAGAGAAGGUGUAGUCCGUGUGCAUACUCAUCCAUCUUUAUUGCUUAUGUCACCAAGUGGCAAUGACACCAAGGUGACGUCUAUCAUUCAAGCCGAGCUUCACUUAAUGGGCUUACCUGCAGGAAUAGUCGAUAGCUUUGUGCCUAAGGGUAUACUUGAAUUUUUCGACGAUUUGCGGGAAUAUUCGGCCAAGGACCUGAAGCUGAAUCUGGACCAACGUCUGACAGGAUGGGUUCCAUGA